AUGAGUCCGCGGCGGGUGCAGUUUGGUCAUGUUCUCGGGAGAAUCAGCAAACGAAUUGCGGAAGUUAAGUCAGAAGUUGUGCUUUGUGCAGGCUGCGCUAAUAUGAAAAGUACUGUAUUUGUUUUGAACAGAAUAAAAAAAGUAGUUCGAUUUGAUGCAGACGAUUGUUUAAUUGUUAACAGAAGUUUGGAGGGUAAAUUAAGGACUGUUAAAGAUAGUGGAGAUGGAUUAAUCAGUAGUGGAUGGUUUGAUGGUAGUACACUGUUGUUAUUCACUGUUAGAUUUGAGGACGUUGAAGAAGAAACUAUUACUCGUUUUUUUCCAGGAAUUAAUAUUAAUGAAGGUGAACGAGCGCGAGAAGGUCGUGUAUUGCUCAUAGUAUGGGGCACAGGUAUUGAAGAUAUUGGUAAUGGUACAAAUGAUGGUAAUGAAUUAGUCAAAUUUUGA